AACCUACGCGAUAGUGCGAAUGUGGUUAAGUUGUGAUGCUUGCGCAGUGUAUUUUGAUGAAACAGGGGCGUUGGCGUUUAAUUAGUAAAUUUUGACUUCAAGUUUGCUCUGGUUUCAAGGGGUUGAAACCCCAUAACUGUUGUCCCGAUCAAUAAAACAAAAGGAGGAAGAAGAAGAAAGACAGAAAAGGAAUGCAUUAUGCUGCAAAUUAUGGCAACCUGGUUUUGUUUUGUUGAAAAGGCCAGUCCAGAGAGAAGCAAUCUAAUAUUUCUGUUUCAUAUGACCCCUGUUAAUAAAUUUUCUCUGUAUAAUUAGGCCAGGGCAAUCCUUGAAAUACUUGUCACGGCACAGCGAAGAAGAGUUGAUAAGUUUGCAGCCUCCUAACAAACGAAAAAAAUCCAGCAAUCUACUCUCAUUGUGGGUUAGUACAGAGGUAUCUGUCCCCGCAUUUUAGCAAGUGUGCUAACUAUGACAAUAGCUGUGCGAUCUAUUAAUAUCUUCACAAUAGGGAAUACUAACUGAACUUUAAAAAGAGACAACAAACGGUCAUUUAAUUUUCCCGGGAAACUCUCUCAACCAACAAUGGUUAUUUGCUUCCCACUAAUUUCAGAACAAGCGCCAAAAAUAGACUCAUUCAAUACACUAUGCACACGCCAUACCCUAAAAUCCCUCACUGUCAAUCCUCUUUCAGUCCUUGCACCAAAAUCCAACCUGUUUCCACUCAUUUUCUCCCUAACAUUUUUAUGACUCUUUCUAAUCCUCUCUUUCCUCACACAUCUUCCCUCCCCCCAAUCAAAAAAAAUUAAGGGACUCUCUCCUUAAUCCACCACUACCACCGUCGCCGCCACCCAUUUUGUUUCCCUUCCACAAUGGGCAACUGUUGCUCCAGAGGUGGUGCCCAGGAUGCCUCAGCUAACAAGGACGACACCACCGAGGGUACUAAUCGUACCAAUGGUCAGCUGGACGCUCCCUCCACCACCCCACCUUCACCCCCUCCAGGAGCUUCCCCUAAGCCUGCCAAGGUUACCCCUAUUGGACCUGUCUUAGGCCGUCCGAUGGAAGAUGCAAAAUCCAUUUACACCAUUGGAAAAGAACUUGGUAGGGGACAAUUCGGUAUCACACAUUUGUGUACUAACAAGGUCACUGGCGAGCAAUUCGCAUGCAAAACAAUAGCCAAGAGAAAGCUUGUUAACAAGGAGGAUGUGGAGGAUGUUAGGAGGGAGGUUCAGAUUAUGCACCAUUUAACGGGUCAGCCUAAUAUUGUGGAACUCAAGGGAGCCUACGAGGAUAAACAUUCGGUUCAUUUGGUGAUGGAGUUAUGUGCUGGAGGAGAGCUCUUCGAUCGCAUUAUUGCCAAAGGUCAUUAUACGGAGCGUGCUGCAGCUUCUCUGCUUAGGACCAUUGUUCAAAUUGUGCACACCUGCCAUUCCAUGGGAGUCAUCCAUAGGGAUCUCAAGCCGGAAAAUUUCCUUUUGCUCAACAAACAUGAGAACUCCCCACUCAAGGCUACCGAUUUUGGCCUUUCUGUGUUCUACAAGUCAGGAGAAGUAUUCAAAGACAUUGUUGGGAGUGCAUAUUACAUUGCACCUGAAGUCUUGAAGAGAAGAUAUGGACCAGAAGCUGAUAUAUGGAGUGUUGGGGUCAUGCUGUAUAUUCUUCUAAGUGGUGUUCCUCCUUUUUGGGCAGAAUCGGAACACGGGAUAUUCAAUGCAAUCCUACGCUGCCAUAUUGAUUUUACUAGUGAUCCUUGGCCUUCAAUAUCACCUCAAGCAAAAGAUCUUGUUCGGAAGAUGCUAGCUUCAGACCCCAAGCAAAGGAUGACUGCCAUCCAGGUUCUCAGUCAUCCAUGGAUUAAGGAGGAUGGAGAAGCUCCUGAUACUCCUCUUGACAAUGCAGUGUUGAGUAGGCUCAAACAAUUCAAAGCAAUGAAUAACUUCAAGAAAGUUGCUCUAAGGGUCAUUGCUGGCUGUCUAUCAGAGGAAGAAAUCAUGGGAUUGAAGGAAAUGUUCAAGGGCAUGGACACUGACAACAGUGGUACCAUAACACUUGAAGAGCUGAAACAAGGACUUGCUAAGCAAGGGACAAAACUGUCUGAAUAUGAAGUUAAACAAUUGAUGGAAGCUGCUGAUGCAGAUGGCAAUGGGACCAUAGACUAUGACGAAUUCAUCACAGCAACAAUGCAUAUGAACAGAAUGGAUAGAGAAGAGCAUCUUUACACUGCCUUCCAACACUUCGAUAAAGAUAAUAGCGGGUACAUUACAACUGAAGAGCUAGAGCAAGCUCUGCGCGAAUUUGGCAUGCAUGAUGGAAGGGACAUAAAGGAAAUCAUUUCUGAAGUAGAUGCAGAUAAUGAUGGCCGAAUCAACUACGAUGAAUUUGUGGCAAUGAUGAGAAAAGGAAACCCCGAAGCCAAUCCAAAGAAACGGCGUAAUGAUGUAUUUGUUUGAGUUUGUAGAGGGUGAAUGGCAGGGAAAACAGAAGUACUAUAUAAGUUUGUUUUCUUUAAAUGGGAGGGGAAGCUGUAGGAUAUGCAGAAGCAGCCAGCAGAAAUUUGGUAGUUCAAUGUGGAUGUAUACCUGUGAAAUGAGUGUGCUAUUGUCUCUCUCAUCUCUAAACAUUGUAACUAUUCAAAAUGAGUCAUUGCUUACAAAAUAUUUAGGGAAGUAAAGGGUGCAUUUUGUUUUUCAUUGUAUUUGUUCUUCUCCAGUUUAGGAAUGUAUCUUGUGAUUCUGAUUGCUAUAGACUUACUAACAAGAAAUUUGAUGUUGUUUUUAGGAAA